AUGCGUGAUGGCCACUCGGCAGCUGUAGACAUCACCGUUCCCGAUACAACUGGAUCCACUUUUUCCCGAAUCCUCUCUUCUUCAUCCAACCCCUCCCAUUGCCGACUUAUACACUCAAAGGAAGCAAUGGAGAAGAAGAUCACUGAGAAGAUCGCGGCUCUGCCGCCAGAUGCCAACUACUUUUCCUUGGAGUUCUUCCCUCCAAAGACCCGGAUGGGUUUUGCCAACCUGUCCGCGCGUCUGGAGCGGAUGGCUCAAGCACUCCGUCCUCUGUUCGUUACGGUUACUUGGGGUGCCGGCGGUAGCACCGCAGCACGAUCGCUCGAACUGGCGGAAGUAUGCCAGCGCCAACUGCAGUUGACGACCGUCCUUCAUCUGACAUGUACGAACAUGAGCCGCAAACUGGUGGAUAUGGCUCUAGAUGAGGCUAAGGUUCUCGGAAUUCGCAACAUCCUGGCCCUGCGAGGAGACCCGCCCCGCAGUGAGGAAUAUAACAUGCACGGAGAGGAUGAUAGCAACAAGGAUUUCACUUUUGCCGUUGAUCUGGUACGAUAUAUUCGCGAGACACAUGGCGACUACUUCUGUAUCGGUGUUGCCGCAUAUCCAGAGGGCCAUCCUGCCGACACGUUCCAAGACGUCCAGGAUCCGGUUAGAGAUAUGCCUUAUCUGGUCGAGAAGACACUGGCUGGAGCAGAUUUCAUCAUGACUCAACUGACCUACGAUAUCGAGGGUUACCAGAAGUUCGAGAAAAUGCUUCGUAACCAUGAGUCUGGUGCUUUCAAGACCAUCCCCAUCAUUCCGGGCUUGAUGCCCAUCCACAGCUAUAAGAUUUUGACUCGAGUGACUAAGCUCAGUCAUGUCACGAUCCCACCUCCUAUUGCCAAACGCAUGGAAGAAUUGAAGCACGACGACGAUGCGGUCAAGCGCGCAGGUGUGGAUAUUGUUAGCGAGAUUGUGGGUGGUAUGAGGGACAUUCCGUCCCCAGGGCCGCGAGGAUUCCACUUCUACACCUUGAACUUGGAGAAGACAGUAUCAUUUAUUCUGGAACAAUGUGAUUUGAUCCCGUCGUUUUCAGAUGCAGGAGAUGCUAUUGAAGAUGAUUCUACAUCAAUUCCACUCGAUUUCCCUGGACGUGUGUUGCGAAGACGCCGUGCAUCCUCUAUCAACUCGCAACCCCACAACCGCGUCAUUGUGGACAAGUUAUCUGUCCAUGGGUCAUCACAGGACUCCAUUCACGAGGCCCAAGCAGCCAGUGCAGGCAUGCCGGCACCCCCGCCAAACCGCAGCACUACUCUUCUCAUCUCUGAGGGUCUUGGUGCUCUUGGCAGAGAAGCAACAUGGGAUGAUUUCCCCAACGGACGAUGGGGUGAUGCUCGCUCGCCCGCCUUCGGUGAGAUCGACGGCUAUGGACCCUCGCUUCAUGUGACUGCCAAUACCGCACGUAGGCUAUGGGGCCACCCAGUGGACUCCAAGGACAUGAGCACACUUUUCCGACGCCACGUCUCGGGAGAGCUACACAUGGUUCCGUGGUCAGAGGGCGGCGCCGAAGAGGAUGGUCAGGGUUUGAAUGCGGAGACUGAGCUGAUUCGACCGGAGUUGUUGAAACUCAUUGAUGGCCGCGGCUGGUGGACACUGGCCUCGCAGCCCGCAGUGAACGGUGUACGCAAUGACCACCCCAUCUUCGGCUGGGGUCCUCAGCGAGAAGGGUUCGUCUUUCAGAAGCCAUUUGUGGAGUUCUUCUGCUCGAACAACGACUACACCAACAUUCUGAAGCCCAUAUUUGCUAAGCACGGCCACGACAAGCUCACCUGGUUCGCGACAAACGUCAAGGGCGAUUUCGAAUCCUCGCUCCCAACCCAGCCUGCCGAUAUGGAGCUCGAUGACCUUGGCGACAAUCCCGACAGUGUCAAUGCUGUUACCUGGGGUGUAUUCCGCGGCAAGGAGAUUGUCACCCCAACCAUCAUCGAGGAAGUGAGUUUCCGUGCUUGGGGCGAGGAGGCUUUCCGAAUCUGGGACGAAUGGCGUCGCAUCUACCCUCGCGGCUCUCCCACUGAAACCUAUCUGGAUACAACCAAGAAUGACGCUUGGCUUGUGUGUGUUGUCGGUCAGCAGUUCGGUGCCGGUACCAAGCGAGGCUCCAAGGAGGAGGAAGAUGAGGUCAAGUGGAUGUGGCGGGUCUUGGCGGGAGAGGAGGUUUAA